AUGAAGCAAAAGAAAUCGACACUUGCCCGUUUGAAAGACCAUGAUCAUCGGUAUGAUAGCGAGGAAGACUUCCAUCAGGCUGAUUCAAGCGAUACCAAUACCAGCGAGACUCAUACAAGCAAAAGUGAAGAUGAAAAGACACGUGCUAUUCUCAUUGAGCCAGAGGACAAUUCUGAUUUUGAAGAUGUGGAGGAGGCUGACGCGGAUGAUUUAGACCAAGCUCAGUCAACGGGCGACAGUGCUUCCAAAAUUUCCCUUUCACAAUCUCAGACCUCUUCAAUCAGUAAAAAACCAACAUCUUCUCCAGAACUAAUGAGAAAGAAGAAGGACAAAUCACUUUUGAAAACAAGCUCAAAGACUCAUUCUAUUUCAACUGCGCCUAAGAAAGAAACUUCAAAUGCUCAACAUAUCAAGCAGUUUAAGAUUAAGAGCAAGAAGUUGCAAGCUCGGCUCAAGGAACGUCGCAAGAAAUUCACUACACCACAUAACCCGGAUAUGUUCAAAACAUUCAUUGAUCAUGGUACAAUCAUGGAUGCACAGUCUUACCCUCUCUUCAUCAAUGGAAGUACUACCUAUGUCACGAAGGACACCGAAUCGAUCACUAAUUGGGGAACGUUUGGUUACACCUACACUAUGUCAGGAGGAGAUGUCAAAGGACGGUGGAAAACCACCAGAUAUAAGUGUUUAGGGGUGCUCAAAUGUACAAAUGAAAGCUGUAAAUACCGGGGCUCACCUCCCACUGGUCGCACAAAAAUUUCUAAACUUGUGCAACAGCAGAAACCAUGCAAGGUCCCUCGCUGCCCAGGGAUUGUCAUCCAUGUUGCAUGCAAAGAUACUUUCUGCCGACUAGAUGAAUGUGUAGAGACUCAGUGGGGACUUCUUCGCCACAUCAGGACUCAUGACCACCCAUGGCCAGUUCGUACAAAGGCAGACAAAAUUUCAAAAGAGGAGUUCGCAACUGUUGUCAAAAAUAAUAGCAAGUCUAAGCCAAUGCAAUUAAAAACAGGGCAAGCACUGGCCGGAAAAAAGCCUAUCAAAAGUGUCUCCACCAUUCACGUAGCAUAUCGAAACCGCUCAAGAAUCGCUUCUGAACGUCGCUCGGUUCUGAAAGACGCUGGGAUAAUAUCAGACAAGAAGGGUAAAGGUGUUCAAGACGAAUUUGUGAUUGAUAUGUUGAGUUGGGCAAAUGGUGGUCUUCUUACGGAUGUGACAUACAAGCUAUUUGCAACAGGCUACCUAUGCUCUACAACAAUGUAUGACAAUGACCUCUGCCGGUGGAUUCCAGUUCUAUUCACUUGGCUCUCUGGUUUAUCCGAAGCACACUAUCAUGCACACUUUGUACAAUUGAUGAAAAUGGUGAAAGACGCUCCUAUCACUCCACCUCAGCGGGACUCCCUUAUUCGGACUGUGGUUGAUUUCUCUGCUGCUCAGAAAAAUGGUUUCAUACAAGCUUAUAUGGAUGUCUUUGAAGAAUAUGAUAGAGACCGAGCACUAUCAAGGCUCAAUGGAUGCCAAGAACAUUACAGAGCAUCUGUCACUCGGCUUAAGCGCAACUUCGCGGUCACAGGAGGUCAAGAGGAUGUAUUUGAAGGAUUGGCACUAGGUCUACUCAAAAAAAGUAAUAGCAAAACCCACGACGAGAAACUUGAUGAAUUACGAAGGACUUUCCCUAAGGCAAAGAAUUGGAUUGAUUGGUGGCAGACCUCCGAUAUAAAAGCAAUGCUAUUCCGUUCGCGGCAGCCCCAAAUGGAUGAUUUUGACCUUAGUGAGGAUUAA